AUGAACGGGCUGACGGCGCCGGCGCCCGGCCCGGGGGUUUCCAUCGCCAUGAAGGACCACGAUGCCAUCAAGCUGUUCAUCGGCCAAAUCCCGCGGAACCUGGAGGAGACCGACCUCAAGCCCCUCUUCGAGGAAUUCGGCAAGAUCUACGAACUCACCGUGCUCAAGGACCGCUUCACCGGCAUGCACAAAGGUUGUGCCUUUCUUACGUAUUGUGCCCGGGACUCAGCCCUAAAAGCUCAGAGUGCCCUCCAUGAACAGAAGACACUGCCUGGGAUGAACCGCCCAAUCCAAGUGAAACCAGCAGAUAGCGAAGGCCGGGGAGAAGACAGGAAGCUCUUUGUAGGCAUGUUGGGGAAGCAACAAAGCGAAGACGACGUCCGGCGACUCUUCGAACCCUUCGGACAGAUUGAAGAAUGCACCAUCCUCCGAGGCCCCGAUGGAGCCAGUAAAGGAUGUGCCUUUGUCAAAUAUGGAAGCCAUGCAGAAGCUCAAGCCGCCAUUAGCACUCUCCAUGGGAGUCAGACCAUGCCGGGUGCAUCCUCCAGUUUAGUUGUGAAGUUUGCCGACACAGACAAGGAGCGAACUCUGCGGCGGAUGCAUCAAAUGGCGGGACAGCUGGGCAUCUUCAAUCCCAUGACGAUCCAGUUUGGAGCCUACGGAGCCUACACACAAGCGAUAAUGCAGCAGCAGGCAGCACUCAUGGCUGCCGCACAAGGAAGUUGUCUCAACCCCAUGGCAGCCAUUGCGGCAGCACAGAUGCAGCAGAUGGCCGCUUUCAACGUGAGCGGCUUGGUGGCAGCUCCUAUGACACCCUCGUCAGGUACAAGCACACCUCCAGGGAUCAGCACAGCUCCAGUCCCCAGCAUAGCUACCCCCAUUGGCGUCAAUGGGUUCAGCCCUCUCCCACCACAGACUAACGGGCAGCCAGCAUCGGAAACCAUUUAUACCAAUGGGAUCCAUCCGUACCCAGCUCAAAGUCCCACCGUGGCAGACCCCUUGCAACAAGCCUAUGCAGGCAUGCAGCACUAUGCAGGUCCAGCAUAUCCAGCCGCCUAUGCACCAAUCAGCCAAGCCUUCCCACAGCAAACUCCCAUUAUCCCUCAACAACAGAGAGAAGGCCCUGAAGGCUGUAACCUCUUCAUUUAUCACCUGCCCCAAGAGUUUGGCGAUGCAGAACUCAUGCAGAUGUUCCUACCUUUUGGUUUCGUCAGUUUUGACAAUCCAACUAGUGCCCAGGCAGCCAUUCAAGCCAUGAACGGCUUCCAGAUCGGCAUGAAGAGGCUAAAGGUCCAAUUAAAGAGGCCAAAAGAUGCAAAUCGACCCUACUGA